AUGAACUGCCAAGCGUCUGAGUUCGCCCACACACAAGGGGCUUCACUGCAUCCGGCGCCUUCGUCUAUAUGCACCGCCGCCAUUCUAGACGGUCUGAUGAGCCCCUCAGGAGGCGACCUGGUGGUGACAGCUGUAGGACCAGUAGAGCAGUACGCAGGCGCUGCAUACAACGGCAUGGAAUCAGCGGAUUUCGCCUAUCCCCCAGAAAGGCAACAAUACAGCUUCCAUAUGUACCUCGUCGACUCCAUUGACCUUAUCGAGACGAGUGUUCGCGUUGUAAACGGAUUCAGAACGGGGGCGCUGCUGCUUGACGGGUGCAAGGAUGUGGAGGGGGCCAACUUGUGUGCAGAGAAGGGGUACCCGGUGGCGAGUGCAGAGAAACCUCCAGCGACCUGCCUCGACCACAACGACGACGUAGCCAUCAAGUGCACCAACAGGCUCGCCGGCGUUGAGCCUGAUGCCGGCACCAUCCGUAUCGUGGGCCCCACGGGGACCCCGGCUCAGUCGGGCUUAGGCCGCCUGCAGUUCUACAACAAGGAUGGCUGGAACAUCAAGGCCGAGCAGGUGGCGUGCCGGCAGAUGGGGUACAACAAUGUGAAGGAUAAAGGGCCUGGAAACGAAAGCUGUUCCAGCGUCAUGGGGCAGAACUACUGCGGUCCAGAUCAGGAGAAGAUUGCUGCUGUCAACUUCAUGUGCACAGAAGACGUGGUGAUUGCAUGCGAGGGAGACGGCGACCCAUCGGGUGUUGGGGCUUUCCACAAGGAAGAAGCCCUCAUUCAAAAGAAGCAGUUUCUCUCUCCUGUUCACCUCACCUGCUUUGACAGCCUCGAGACUAGACAGGGCCUAGGUGGCCCCCCGGGCACCAUGCACUUGAUCGUCUGUCCUCCUGACUGCAGGCAAGCGGGUGCAAACUCCCCCGCAGCAGCUGCACCAUCAGCGGCAUCCCCUGGGACCACAUCUGCCAGUACACCUCAACAAAGUGCAGCAACACCAACACAGAACCCUGCUGCGUCUGCAGCUACUGUUGUUGCUGCCCCACCAACUGGCACUGCUGUCUUCAGCUCUACCCGAGGCUCGAUGCAACAAACUGCCCAGGGAAAGACGCGCGGCUCCAGCAGCGUAAGGAGGCCAAGCGCGGCGCUGCACAGCGACGCCGUCGAUGCUGGCGGCAUGCAAUACCAGGCUUCUAUCUCCUCUGCGAAUCAAAUCCUCAGCCCGUUGUCCAGGGGAGCUGGCGGACGGUUUGUUGCGAGGUUUCAUAGAAGUCCAUCGGACUUUGUGGAUGCCUCCACUUUGGCUGGGGGAAAUCUCAUCUCCUCUUUGAGGGAUUUCACUGUCAUCGUCCGCGCCGUUGUCACAGGAGGGGAGGGCCAGUGGCGUACACUGGUAGCCCACAGCGACUGCGAUGGUUUUUCUCUGGCGCUGGACCCGAACGAUGAGUUGUUGUUUGAGUUGACGUGCCGGCCGCACCAACUCAAGUCGGGUUUCAAGCCCAAGCUGGGGGAAAGAUUCGAUACUGCCGCCUCCUUCUCCACCGCCACUCGCCUGAUACAACUCUUUGUAAAUGGACAGCCAGUGGCCUCGGAGAAAACGGAUGUCGACAUUAACUUGAGAGGACCUAUGUGGGCAGCAGCAGCAGCAGCAGCAGCUGCUGCUGCAGCGAGACCGACGAAACCCGCAGUGCAUCUCUCAUGCAGCAACUGUCUGCGGCGCGCGGAGUUCGACGGCAGCAUCGGCCAGAAGUUCCUGGCUCACUGCCCCCCCGACUGCUUGCAUGCAAAGGCGCGGCUAGAAGGCUGCAGAGUUUACUCAGCUCGGAGCUCAAUAUGUAAGGCCGCGCUGCAUGCAGGCGCAGUGCCAAAGGAGGGGGGGGAGGUGCUGCUGACAGUGAGUGAAGGUUUGACUUCUUACGACGCUUCUCAGGGCCAUUUCGGCAUCCACAGCACACACAGCACAGCACCCGAGCUGCGGUCUUUCUCUGUUGAAGCCGCUCCUCUCUUCCGAGCUUUAUCCUGCGAUACAAAUGCAAUAUUCACUCUCAAGUUGGGGAAAGACGAUGGAGGAGAAGUUGAAAUUGUUGCAUCGAAGGGCCGCCAGCGCUUCUCUGGCAGCGAAGCCCACGGCGUCGUCUCCGAGUCUAGCGGUGAAUACAUCCGCUCCUUUCUCUUCAUCGCGCCCUCCUCCUCCUCUUAG